UACACCUGCUUCUCGGCUGAGGACGGAGGCCAUCUCUACGUGCUGCACAUGGUAACGGUGCCCAGGGACCCGCCCCCCGGCAAGGGGAGCGUAUGGCCGUUUGCUGGGAGCGUGGCGCUAGCCCCACUUGGGACGCAGCUGCCAUCCGGCCUGGCCCCUGGGCAGAGCCCUGCGCUGGGUCACUGUGUGUGCGGGGGGGGGAGGGUCCCUCUGGGGCAGGAUCCCCAGGCUGUGCUCCCGGGGGGGCCCUCCCGAGCAGACCCACGGGGAGACCCACUCCCUGCUGGCGAGGGCCGGCCCGCGCGGGAGCCUUGCCCCAGGCCCAGCCGGCACGAGGCCGUCUUACAGGGGUGGGGAUUUGCUGUUUCCUGCCUGGCCCUGCCGGCGCGCUGCAGUUCGGGGAGUGCCUGUACAUCGCGGUGAACGGUGACGGCUCGGAGAGCGAGGACGACCUGCGCCGGAAGCUCUACGUGCUGAGGAGACUGGCCGAGGCUCACUUCGGCCUGGUGACGCUGGACUCGCACCUUGUCUGCAAGGAGUUGCGGCCGGCGGACUCGGAGCAGCGCAGCCGUGUGUGGGCCCUAUUCCAGGGCCUGCUCCAGACCUACAGCAGCCUGCGGGAGUCCGAGCAGAGCUUUGCCGUGGAGGCCGUGGAGCGGCUGAUCCACCCCCAGCUGUGCGAGCAGUGCAUCGAGUUCCUGGAGCGCCAGGUGGUGCAGCACAUCAACGCCAGCGGGCAGCGCGGGGGCGAGGAGGUGGUGCACGCCUUCCUGCUGGUGCAUACCAAACUGCUGGCCUUCUACUCCAGCCGGAGCGCCAGCACCAUCCGCCCAGCCGACCUGCUCACCCUCAUCCUCCUGGUGCAGGACCUGUGUCCCAGCCCCAGCGCAGACGAGGACCUGAGCCCCCAGCUGGCAGAGCGGGGGCUGACUCCCCAGAGACCGAAGAGCAGCGAGAGCAUCCCAGUGAAGAGCCCAGGCCCACACGGCACCCCCAGGAGCGAGGCAGAAGAGCAGGAUGCGGACGAGAUCUCCAUUCCCGAGGAGUAUUACACCCCUCAGCCCUCGCCCAGCAGGCAGAGCACAGGAGGCGCCAGCUGGUCGGAGGGCUCCGAGCCACCGGGCUCCGGGGAGGCAGAUGCUGCUGAUGUCCAGGUGGCAGAAGACUCGCUCCAGGCCCUGGUGCCCCCAAUGCCCAACGCCUCCAACCCCAGAAGGAUCUUCCUGGAUGCGAACCUGCGGGAGGGCUACUGCCCCAUGGUGCCCCACACCAUGUACUGCCUGCCGCUCUGGCCUGGCAUCUCGCUGGUGCUCCUGACCAAGAGCCCCAGCACCCACAUCGCCUGCUCCCUGUACCAACUGCUGGAUGGGUUCCUGGUGCUGGAGAAGAAGCUGAGGGAGGGGCAGGAGGUGGGGCCACCCACCCGCUCCCACCCACUCCUGGCUGAGCUGCGCCAGAGGAUGGACAAGUUCGUGAGGAAGCUGGGCAGGCAGGACAUGCAGUUACACAACGCCUGGCUGGAGUUCAAGAGCAAAGCGUUCUCCAGGCAGGAGUCCGGGAGCUCCAGGGAGCUCCUGCAGGCGCUCGGCAACGUGAGGCGGCAACUCUGCUCCGUCUAUCGCCAGCUCUUCCUGACCUCGCUGCCCACCCAGGGCCUGGCCCAGGGCCUGCAGGACUGGGCCCAGAAGCUGGUGCGGGAGAAGCUGCUGGACUGGAGGGACUUCCUGCUGGUGAAGAGCAAGCGGAACAUCACCAUGGUGUCCUACCUGGAGGACUUCCCAGGCCUGGUGCACUUCAUCUAUGUGGACCGCACCGCCGGGCAGAUGGUGGCACCUUCCCUCAACGUGGCCGAGGACUCCACCUCGGAGCUGGGCAAGGGCGCCCUGGCUGCCUUCAUCAAGAAGAAGGUCUGGUCCCUGAUCGGGCUGGCGCGGCGCUACCUGCAGAAGGGCUACACGACACUCACGCUGCGGGACGGCGACUAUUACUGCUCCUACUUCCUCUGGUUCGAGAGCGAGCUGGGUUACAAGCUGGAGGUGAUCGAGGUUCCCGUUCUCUCCGACGACUCUGCUCCCAUUGGGAUGCUGGCAGGGGAUUACUACAGGAAGCUGCUGCGCUACUACAGCAAGAACCACGCGGCUGAGGGGGUGAAGUGCUACGAGUUGCUGACGCUGCACCUGGGCGUGAUCCCUGCCGAGCGUGUGAUCCAGCAGGCCUGCGACCUGGCCCGGCGACUCUGGGAGCCCUCCCGCAUCCCCCUGCUCUGAGCCACGCGGGCUGGCAGCGAGCGUCGCCCCAGGGGCCUCCUCCUCGCUCUGAGUCAGACUGGUCCCUGGGCUGCCUGCAACGGGCUCCUUGCAGCCCCCACCUCGCUCGGCCCUGCAGCCCCCCGGGCCUGGCUGGGAGACCAGCGCCAGCCAACAUCCUGCCGUCAGCUCCCCGCCUGCUGAAACCCACCCUCCAAUGGCCAGGGGGGCUCCCCCUGCCUUGCCCCCAGAGCUGCCCAGGGUGGGGGGGCUGUUGGACGUGCGUGGCCAGGGUAGCAUAUCUGUACGUGCCACGCUCCAGGCUGGCAUUAAAGCUGGUGCACUUGGCCAGCGUGCGGCACUCCCCUGAUUCCUCCCCGUCUGCGUCAGGGGCUUGGCCGCUGACUGGGCCUUGCCUGUGGACCUGCAUGUGCGAGUACAUGGACAGACGUGUUUGCACGCACACGGAGACACUCCUGCUUGCCGUGCCUUCCCCAGCCUGAUGCUAAGGAGGGUUCAUGGUGCUCCCGCCAGGACCGGGUCCUUUUUCCCGCCGUGUGGGCAGGGCCCAGCCAGCUCCCGGGCCGGUACAUGCCAGGCCUCUGCCCUGCCCGCCUCCUGCACUAUGGGGGGUUUCCCAGGGCAGAGUUCGCUGGCUUCUCACCUACGCCUGCAAACCAAGGGCCCCUCCCCUCUGACUCCCCAGCCCCUAGGACGAAGGGGUCUGCAGCUGCCCCCAGCAUCUGUUAGCCAAGGGGGACAGCCCAGCCUGCCCCAGGGCUCUACUGUCCCAGCUCCAGCACUGGGGCCUCCCUUCAUCCCCGCCCCCAGUGGCCGGUGGGCUCGGGCUUGCUAAGCUAGGGUGCAGGUGCUCCCAGCCACACGUGCAGGGUGCCCAUGGGCAGAGCUGUGUGGGGCCAGCUCUCCCCAGCCCGUGCCUAGGGGAAGGUUUUGCCCCACAGCGGGCCGGGUGGUUGUGACAAACUGGGACUGUUCUUAAGGUGGUCUUUGAAUGCUGAGUGGGGAGUGUUGGCUGGGAAGGUGG